AUGGCGUCGCGCGCGGCGAAAACCGCGUCGUCUUCCGCCUCCCUCGACCCAUCACAAUCAUCCGUGAUGAGCCCGAUCCCUCGCGCGCCGUCGGACGGCGCGACGAAGACGCAGCUGCUGGUCGUGACCACCCCGGCGCUGAUGUCCUCUAACCCGCUCGCGAGGCUGCGCGGCGACGACGAUGCGAUGCCGUCCGAUCGCUUCGAUAUCCACGUCGGCGUCGAGCUCGGCGACUUCCCACGCGACGUGUUGGAGGCGAGGGAGGGGCCCCCGGUCGCGGUGCUGUGGUGGUUCGGGGACGCGAAGGUGCGUCCAUUUGACACUGGUCCCCAUACGACCCCGUUCGCGUGGUGA